GAGCCACAGCGAGGUGAGGGUAUUAGUAAGAGUAUUCAGGAUUCAGUCCAAGCAGAGGGUGCAAGUAGGCGCCCUGAGGCCUAUUUAAAAGGCACAGGAAGAAAGCAGCCGGCUUACAUAGGAAGUAAGGGAGGGACCCCGGCCGUGGAGGAGGCUGGGGGGUGUGCCAAGGGUGGAGACUGCAUUGGAAAGCUGCCUCGGAAGCUGUCACUCCACAUGGGGUGCCGGGCAGUAGGGCUGUUCAGCUCAGAGGCAGGACCGUUGGAGAGAGACCGUCUCCCUUCCACCACCUGUGAGCUCUUCCUAAAGAUUACAUGUGGCCAGGAAUGCAAAGCUCAACACUGACUGUUUGCAAGAAUGACCCGGAAACUGGGAAGCUGUGUAAGGCGUGCUCGCCCCGCCCCACCGCCCUCACUGUGUUGUCUCGCGUUGCUCUGUAUCGGAAGAGCUCACCUUGCCGCCGCCUGCCUUCUUGACAGGUGCCGGUACGUAAGAGAGAGAGAUCGGCUUGGUAACGAGUAUCCCAAGCUCCACUACCCUGAAUUGUAUGUCCUGAAGGGCGGGUACAAGGAGUUCUUCCUGAAAUGCCAGUCUCACUGUGAGCCCCCCAGCUACCGGCCCAUGCACCACGAGGACUUCAAAGAAGACCUGAAGAAGUUCCGCACCAAGAGCCGGACCUGGGCAGGGGAAAAGAGCAAAAGGGAGAUGUACAGUCGCCUGAAGAAGCUGUGAGGGCAGCCGUGCCGGACAGCAGCAGCCUGGCACUCCCUCUGUGCCUCCCCCCUUCCCUCUUUGCUGCAGAGAAACUUGAGCGAAGGGGCCAGCCGCGUGCACGACGUGCGGAGAGAGGAUCCGGAGCUGGUGGGCCUUCCCCUGGCUCCGCGCUCCCUGGGUUGGAGCGUCCCGCCGGCCGCACCUCCUCCGUCCCUGUAAGACGUUCUCCUUCUGCCUCGGGACUGGCCGCCAAGGCUGUCACUGCUUUCACUGGCCGCAGCACCGGUCCAAGCACAGAGUCAAGAAGUUCUGACUUCUCACCGCCCCCGCCGUCGGACAGACCACCUGGGGCCUUUCUGGGCACUGUCCUCUCCUGAGGCGGGGGGUAGGAGAGUGGGAGAGAAGUAACGGAAGCAGAAAUGCUGUGGUCAGAUGCCAAAGACAGCCUGGGAAGGGAUGGUCCUGGUGGGAUAGCCCGUAUCUUUAAUUUAUUCAACUUCAUCAAUCACUUUAUUAUUUUUUUUUUUUAACUCCUGGAGACUUUUAUUUAACUGCUUCUUUAAGUCAUAAUACUGCCAUUCUGGGUAGGGUUUUAUCAUCCCAGGGACUACCUCUGCUUAAAAAAAAAAAAAAAAAAAGAUGGGGGAGAAGAGGCAAACUUGUGUUGAGGGACAGAGCUAGGAGCUCUGUCACCCCCAGGAGGCACUGUGGUACUGGGCCCGCUGCUAUUUAAAGCCAAGGACUGAGGUACUGGUAGGAGCAGGCACUGGACUCAGACUUGGCUACAGGACAUAAGCUAAACCUCCCAGACCUACCUCGAAGGCCACUGAGAUCGGGUUGGGGGCGGGGGGCUGACCCUGCUCUUCCUCACCCCGGUUCCCUCUGACGCUGGCUGGUAUAGGAGUCCCAGUCAGGAAAGCACUUCAGGCAGCUUCCAUUGGGCCGCGCCCAGGUCAUUGUUGGAAUGUGGUAGCGUAGGUGUCCUAGAG